GGAACUGCUGUUGGGACUGCUGGAUUUGUUUUUGUAGAUGUGGAGGCCAGUGUCGCGAUUUGAGGGACGGCGCUGAAAGUUUGUGUUUGAGCUCGGCCGCGAUAUCAUUAGUCACACAAUCAGCGCUGAUCUCAGCAUGGUCAGUUUAUAAACGUCAUUUACGUCGGAAAGUGCGCCCAGUCGGCUAGGAGCGAUGAUCGAGGGCUACGAACCGCUGACACAGGCCAUCCUCGGCACCCUCUUCACCUGGGGGAUGACAGCCGCGGGGGCGGCUCUUGUCAUCUUUUUCCAUGGAUCGCAGAGAAAACUGCUGGACGGCUCCCUGGGCUUUGCGGCUGGCGUGAUGACGGCCGCCUCGUACUGGUCGCUGCUGGCGCCGGCCAUCGAGAUGGCCAAGGACUCGGGACUGUACGGCUCGGAGGGUCAAUGGGCCUUUGUGCCGGUGGCCAUCGGCUUCAUGCUCGGCUCACUCUUCGUCUUCGGCACCGACGUUUUUCUCGCCACCUUUGGCAUACCAGGACUGGAGCCUGCCGUCCUGCUUGCUGAAGCAGUCAAUGAGGUUAGUGGGGAUGCGCAGACAACGAAGAGGAAAAAGCAGGCACUCAAAAAAGACAGUUCUUCUAAAGCCAGAGGCAUCUGUGAUGAAACAAGUGGACCGGUCACACGGAGAAGGGUUGCCACCAGAGAAAGUCUGCCCUCUCCGUCAGAAGCUUCCGGUAUAAGUGUUAUUACUCAAGUAGACUUGGACUCGGGACAAGUGAACCAGGCGGCUCUUACUGCAUCAGGGAACAAGAGAUGGAAGAGGAUCAUGCUACUUAUCAUAGCUAUUACAGUUCAUAAUAUACCUGAGGGGCUUGCUGUUGGAGUGAGUUUCGGAGCCAUAGGCGAGUCUCCAUCUGCAACCUUUGAAAAAGCAAGGAAUCUUGCUAUUGGAAUCGGUUUGCAGAACUUCCCUGAAGGUCUUGCUGUGAGUUUGCCCCUUCAUGGUGCCGGUUUUUCCAUUGCCCGUAGUUUUUGGUACGGUCAGCUCAGCGGCAUGGUGGAGCCCAUUGCAGGCAUUUUGGGUGCGGCCGCCGUUCAGGUGGCCUCCCCUUUGCUGCCCUACGCCCUCUCCUUCGCAGCGGGUGCCAUGAUCUACGUGGUGCUCGACGACAUUGUGCCUGAGGCUAAUUCAGGGAAUAACGGCCGACUGGCGACGUGGGGUGGAAUCGUGGGCUUCACACUCAUGAUGGCCCUCGACGUUGGACUGGGCUAAAGAAGAAUUUUUUACUGACGACGCAUCUCACCAGUCUCCACCAGACCAAUUGCACUUUUGAAAUCAAUUUAUUCAACUGCUUAUUGGCCAAGCCAGCAUCCUUCGGCGAAUUCCUCUCAUCGAAUUUUAGAAAUUAGAAUUUCUGAUUUUUAUAAAUUUUAAUUUAUCGAAGCUUUAAAACGAGUAGACGCAUCGAUUCCAAUUCUUAGUGCAUUUAGUUAAAAAUUAAUUUCUUUUCUCACUAAAUAAUUCCGUCCUACUAGAUCAGGUGACUUAGAAUUUCACUUUCUAUAUAAAAAUUCCCAACUCCUUUCUUACUCUAGACCAAAGAGACUCAUUCAUUCAGCCAUCGAAUUAACUUGUAAACCAAAACAAACACACGCGCCAACCUUAGAAGAAGAAUAGCACCAUUAUGCGCGAAUUUUUAUUCCUCUCGAUCAGACAAAGAAAGCAGAGAAAAUAAAUAAUCCUCUGCUUGGUGGGAGCGUUGCAAAAAAAAACGGCAAUUUAUCAAACUCUGCAGCAGUCAUUUAUGGUGCUGAAAAGAAUUCUAGCUUUUAAGCACAUUAGUGAGAAAAUAAAAUCUGUCACUUCUCCUCCUCCCCUCAUAUAUUGUUUUUGCGUCUCGAGAGAGAAUCAGCAGUGGCAAUUUAGCAAUUGUGCCCAUUCACCUCUGCAAUAAACCAAGCGCAAGAGAGCUGAAUGAAUGGACGAGUCAACGAUCAAUGAACGCUCACAUUUGAAAAAUAAUGUCACCGUUGAAACUCUCUGGAGGCACAUCGGUCAAUCAUUCAUUCAGCUAGGGGUUGUCGAUAACGAAAGUAUGUAAACAGUCCAAAGUCUGCUACAGCGAGUUUAUUUAUUUCAUUGUUUUGUUUAAUUUAAUAUCUCCCAGUUCCGGCUGCAUUUGUGAAUUGGCCAGAAUUUUUCUGUAAUCUCUAUAAAGAGGAAAGAAGAUGCGUUAUUUUUUUUGUGCUGGGUCAUAGGAAAUUAGUUUGUAAGGAAGAUGUGAUAAUAAUUGAGGAAAACGUACUACUCUGCGUUGUGCUGUUGAAUUGAAUAUCUGACUUAAAAUAUAUCCUGAUGCUUUUAGAAUCACAUUCUCUAUUGUAUAUAGAAUUUAUAUUUAAUCACCAUGGUUGUUGUUUUGACUCAAAGCAGGAUUUGAAAACUUUACACUACUUAUUUGAAUUAUUUAUCAUUGACUCUAAAAAUUCUACCAAGUAGAAAAUUGAUAUCUCUUAAUUUUGAAUGACGAAAUGAAGUAAUUCUGAUUUUCCAGAAUUUACUUUUAAAUCUGAAAAUGAAACUCAAAUUUAAUAUAAUUUUGGUUAUUCACAUCCUGCUGUAAAAAUACUGUCGAUCUGUUGUGCUUAUUUCUGUCUGUUGAUUAAUAACAAAUGUAUCUCAUGAAGGAAUCCGUUUUAUAUAACAUAAUUGGUGAUGACACUUUUGACAUGUGCAUUAAGUAAAAAACAAAAACAACUCAACUCUCACAGCUAGCGAUAAUAAUAGAUGCGGAAACAAAAUAAACGCGACGACAGUUUUUAUACACAUUAA